UUUAUGAUAAUCCAAACUCUUCGUGACAACUUGUUUCCAUCUUGUUUUAUAAUUUAAAGCUGUUGUGAAUCGUGAUGUUCUUAGCAGUUUCCAUAAAUCCAGCUGAUAUCCCCUCCAUUGCAGGCCAACAAAACCUUGCUGGCCUGCAAAUUUGACAGUUUCUAAAAAUAUACCAUCUUUCCCAUUGAUGAUUUGUUAAAGACGAGAGGGUGCCAUUCGAUCUUCAUUGUCGUGCUUCACAAUUUGCAGAAAUGGGGUGUGGUGGAUCUAAACACUCCGUCGCCACCGAGAACACCAUUAGCCGGAAGAACUCGAAAGCGGGUUCCAAGCGGGGGCCAAGCUCCGAAGCCGUUGAAGAAACGAAAAAAGUUGACGACAAGAGGAGCUCGGAAGGCGGUUCCGAUGGGGUUGCCACGACCGUCAGCCAGAAGAACUCGAGCGUGAGGUCCAGGAAGGGGAAGAGCUCGGAAAUCGUUGAAGAAACGACGAAAGAUGAUAGCAAAACAAGCUCAUCGGAGCAACCGAAAGGCGAAAACGACAAUUCCGGCGAAGGUGUUGACGGGAAGAAGAUAGCUGAAAACACGGAACCGAAGAAGGAAGAUAAUGUGAAGAAUAAAACAAUGGAUGAAGAGAUAAAAGUAGAAACUGUGGAGGAAAUCAAGGCUGCUGCUGAAGAAACAAAAAAGGAUCAGAAACUGGAUGAAGAUUCAAAGACGGAAACUUUCAAGGAUAAAAAAGCUGUUGAAGAAACUGCAAAUGGAAAACAUGAAACUGUGAAGAAAGAGGAAGAAUCAAAACCAGCUAACGGUCCUACCAAAGCUGAAGUUUCAACAGCGGUUGAAAAACAGGAAGAAAAAGCUGCUGGUUCAUCCACAGCUGGGGAUUUGAAGAAAGAUCAGUGACAGUCAUUUAAUGUGUUUUACAUGUAUUUAUCUGAUUGAUUUUACACUUCAAUUUUCAUGUAUUGUUUGUAUUUAUAUGGUAUUCUUC